AGGUUGAUUGUCAUGUAAUGUGAAAACCAUUAUGGCGGACAAUAUCAGUCGAGUCUUGGUGGUGAGCUGUAGUUCGUUUCUUUCCUCUAAAGAUGUUAUCACUGAAAUGUGCAAACCAGACUGCCCAACACCUAAAGAGCUGUCAGACACUGGCGGUUUGAGUUCAUACCUGUGGAAAAUUGAAAACAAAUAUUACACAGCUGAUGUUCAUCUUUGUGCCUGCUCCGCGAGCUCUCUCCCGUCCCAAUGCGAAUUUGCUUCAAAUAUUAACUUCCAAAGUGUCAUUAUUACAUUUGAUCAAAAAGAGAGAUCAAGUUUCAAAGAAGUAACAUCAUGGCUGCCAUAUAUUGAGACACAGGAUCCAUCUGUUUUAUUACUGCUUAACUCUGGCAAAGGAGGCAACAAUAAAGGAUUGUCCAAAGCAGAGGUGGUUAAGUGGUGUUUGGAUAACUCAUUUGAGCUUAUUGAAAUGAUGCCUGAGGAGGAGGAGGAAGAUGGUGAAGAAGAUGAUUUUCGUGAGAAGACUGGGAUUGAAAGAGUAGUUGAAGCUCUUCAGUGUGCAGAGUGGCCAAACAUGAAAAUGAAGGAGAAUCGAAGUCGUACAGGUCCAAAAGGUUCUAAAGAUGACCAAGGGGCUAGUGCUUCCCUUAACAAUGAAGAAAAACAGAGCGCUGAACAUGGCGCGUCAAAGAAUACAGCAGUCUUUCCUCUGCCAACUGACGAUCUGGAAUUACUUAGCAGCCUAGCAAGCGAUGGAACGGAGAAUGAAUCAUUCGAGGAAUUAUUUCAAAAACUCGCUGUAAUGAAAGAACGCGCAUCAUCUCUUCCAGCCAGCGAAAGAAAAGAUUACGCGGAAAAGGUUGCAAUUGCAUUUUGGCGCGCCUUGGGAGGAAGUGAAGAAGAAAUUGCUGGGUUAGGCGAGGACGAUGAAGCCUAAUUAACAAGCCUACUGCUCCAACGUCCAAGAUUAACAACAAAUAGUUUAAAGAAGAUUUGCGAACCAGGCAGAUGGAGUUCUAGAUGGGCGCACAAACGUUGAAGGGAUAUCACGACAGAGUUAUACCAGGUCUGCUGCUUAUCACCUUGUUCUCGUUGAAGAGUCUAAAUGUUGCUGUGCAAUAUCAACUUUUACACUAUUCUUUCCUGAGGCUAUGUCUGCCUGCACAGCUAUCCGGCUGUGUUUUUUUCAGUUAAUUGAUAAUUUACUCCGACAAGACUUUUAUGACUUUUAUUCCUCGUUAUUCACGAACACGCAGUAAAGUACAUCAGGAGAACGCAUAUGAAACAGUAACUUGUUGAACGAAAGACUUGCAAUAAAUAUUAUACGUGUGAUAUAUCUGUAAUCCCAAAAAGUCAGACACAAAUAAUUAACUCCAGCGACGACAUCCUUCGACUUGAGAUGUUUCUGUGCAAUGUUAACUUAAUUUGCACGAUUUCUUCUUAACGCUGCCUGCACGGCUAUCGGUUGUUCGGUUUAUGGAUUGUGUUUACAAUUAGCUCUUGGAUAUUACAUCCUCUUAUUGUAGGUUCCUUGUUAUACAGUUUUUUUCUGCUGCAGAGUGUUGUUCAGAAUUCGCUUACAAGAUAAGGCACAGGAGCUCAGAGUUCGAGCUUCUUGUUUUAAAUUCCAUUGAUAUUCUCUGCUGAGAAGACGGGUAUUUAAUGAGAUGCUGGUCUGUGCGUUGUGGGACGAACAUACAAACCACAAGAGCUCUUGUCUGUUCAGAAACCUUAUGCACAUUUGACGAUUGCACUUUUUCUUAUUUUUUGUCUCGCAUCGUUUGUUAGACGCAGAUUCCUUCUGAAACACAGCUGUCAAAUGUGCCAAAUGUAAGCUCUCUUUGAAAUUAGCUAUUCAAAUAUUAUUAUAAACUCGAGUCUUAGCGGGGAUAUUCUUGACUAGAUUCACGAAUUAACUAUUAAGGAAAGGUAAGUUGAUCGAGCGAUUGUGACUUUUUUUUUUUUACGACUCAUUACAAGCUAUAGCCGUCUAGCUGUCCACGGUUGCAUUUGCAUCUUGGCUUUCAAUUUCUACACUGUAAUGUCGUUGAGUACCGGGGUUGAGUAUCGACAGUAUCAGCCUUGCUUAGUGGUUGUUGAUUGAGUUCUUAGUACCGUUCAACUUUCUUUUGUAUCAGUUAUUCGUUAUUGUACUACUCUGUCUGUUUUUUUCUGGUAAUGUUUAUUUAUCAUGCCCAAACUAAAUCUAGGCUGCUGAUGGGUCGAACUAUGUACCCAUCGUUGUUGUAUUCCAAAAAAGUCUUCAUCACUUUGGCAGCCAUUUUGUUAACAAUGGGCAGGCAAAUGUCGCCCCUCUCAAGGAUUAUCCUGGUCAACGGAAUUGCCACGGAUACGGGUAACCAGGAUACGACCCAUCGCUGACCGAGCGAGAGCACUUUUUCCCCAACUAGCUGCUACAACUCGCUCAUAGCUACGCAUUCACAAGUUUGAAAGGACUGUAAUCGCGUAAUCAGUAUGAAGUACCCCAGCGUGAUUCCGAGGGCAACCCUUAAAACUGGAAUCCGAACUUAUUGGAAUUGAGAACGACGACAGAAGUAAUUCACUUCAGCAAUGUCCAAUCACAGGUUACCCAAGCUCGUAAAUGAGCGUCCCUUGUACAGACAUAAGUAGUCAGGUUAGGCAACAGUCGAAAUAUGAGUAUUUGUAUGGAAAAACGGUUACAUUGUUAAGCCUAAAAAAUACGAAGGAAUGCGAAUAAAAAUGUAUACCUA